UUGUCUGUUCCUGUGGUUCUUUAUGUGAGUAUCCGGUGGGUUUUCGCAGCGUCUUAAAACUUUUAUUGUGAAAAUAUCUUUUCAAACUGAAGUCUGCUGCCAAUUUUUUGUUCCGUUGUAAUACUUCAAAUGCGUGCUGAAGUGUAGGAUAACCACUGGAGUCAUCCAAUCUCCUGAUACAUUGCGUUUCCUGUUAUUACACUUUUGAUUUUUUGACUUGCUGAGUAUUUCGUGAGUUAACUGUUUCUAUUCUUUCUGUUGUCCGCUGAGCUAUAUAUACAUCCCGAAAAUUAAUGUAAAAAAGUGAUAUAUACGCUGUAAAUUGAUUUAGGACGACAAUCUAUAGUCAGUUCCCUUUAGUAGGUGCUUCAAUUUCCAUAAAUGUCUCAGUUUUUUGCCAAUAAUAUUGUUAAUUACUAGCCAAGAUGCUAGUAGCCGUCCGACUGACAGUAGUUCCUGUUGUCGCAUGUAGGUACUUAGAAGUAUUUGAAGAAUUAUGUAUGCUAAAGUAGUUUAAUUUGGGUUUACAUUUUUUCUCAGGCACUCGGUAGUCUCCCUGAGUGUGCUCAUUCGCCGGUUGAGUCUAACGGGAUACUUCCGAACAUUAGACAAAAACUAGCAAUUGAACAGCUUCACUUAUAAGGUUUGAAUGCGUUCACUAUCAUUUUAGUCAUGAUAUUCAAACAUAACAUCACUUAUUCCCAAAAAGACUGGUCACCUUAUAUAUAAGCCUCUCAUUGUACCACUAGAGGAAACUGCAUUUUUCAGUAGUUUGCUUAGAUUUGACCUCUUGUUUGGCAUUGUUAAAUUGUACCGCAUAGUCUUACAACCAUUAGUGUCCAUGAACUUGAUGCAUCCUUAAACAGUUUAUUGUAGUUCACACUGAGGUCUGUUUAAUUAAAUCUAAUCACCUUAAAUGUCUUCAAAUAAUUUUGAUGUGGCUUUAUUAUUAAUUUGAUCUGCAUUGGUCCCAUUAUCUUAAUGUAAAUUCCAAUAGCUCAGUGUGGAUCACACUAUUUCUUGGCACCCACUUGUACUAAUUUUUUGUGAAAUAAGUAAAAGAAUAUACAUUCUCCACAGUGGGGUUUAUAGGGUGAUGUAUCCCUUCCACUUGUUGCUCAUGUUUGGCGUAAAACGUGCAGCAAAUCCGCAUCUUCAUUUGGUUCAUGAUUGUAUGUAUAUUCACUCUACCGUAAUUUAGACUUUGAUUCCCAACGUCAAUCCAUACUUCUCAUGUUAAAAAUUUACCUUCCUUUUCGGACAGCGUCCUUUAUCUUUAGUCUUUUAGCUAUCAUUGAUACUCCUAUCAUCCCAACUUAUUUACCAAGAACCUUGUUGAUUUCGCCUUAUAUUAUAAAAUUAACGAGAUUCUUGGUAAAGGAGUUUUUCUAAUUUCUAGUCACCCCGUUAAUGACACUACACGUACCAAUAUAGAAUAAUGGUCAGUGGUACUGUCUGUUUAAUAGCUAUCUCUAGAGGUCAUACCAAUGUGACUGCGACAAAAUUAGUCCAAAGGAAUUCUGUAUCUGAAACGCACCAGGAUCAUUCAUUUCGUUUCUUGCGGCCUACAAACUGACGUGUGGCGUUAUGUGGGUUUUUUUGAGGUAAAGUAGAUAGACGCAUUUAAAAUACGACGAUACAAAAAUGCUUGGUUCAAACCAUUGGCUUUAAUAUAGAAAGAGUAAUCUAACUUUACUUAAACGGCUAGUAAACAUUUGUUCAAAUUGCUAGUUUAACGACGAAUUAUUGACAUCCACAAAGUCGAAAUAGUACGAACAGUUAUUUAAAACCAAAGACAGGUUUUGUGAUUUGAUUCGAAGUGUAACGAUUAUUUUUCAGUUAUCUUUUAAUUAUCUGAUGAAGAUUAGAAGAGUGAAUUCACUAGUAAAACUGUUAUUUUUGUCUUUCAGAUAAACCUAACAUGGUUACAGCUGUUCAACCAAUGUUUGGUCUUUUGAAACGGCUCCAUCUACAUCCAAUGGAAAAUGCUUUGAAUGAAUUAGGUCCACAAACUUCCCUUCUGCAAUCUAUAAAGUUUAAAGCCCAACCAUUUCUGUUUCGUAAAACCAAAUCUGAAGAAAUACGACGUAAUCACGACAGUAUGGGCCAGAAAAGACCAUCACCUUACCUUUCUAAUACGGACCUGAAAACUGCUAAACGUUCUCGCCGUGUUACGAAACUAACUGAUAAGAUCGUAAAUCCCGUGGAUGUAAACCUUAAAUCUAAUUAUGAGAAUUCAAACAUAAGCUAUUCAACUUUAUCUUCUGGGGUAACUCCAUCAAAUCUGCCGCUCUUUCCAUCUACUUCAAUCAACUCCCCCAACCUUUCUGUAUCAAAUGUUUCAUAUUCUUUACGCAUCCCGAACUCUAGCGAAACUCCAGUAAUUUCUCAUCCGAAAUAUCUGUGCCUCCAAAACUCCCCACACCCGGUUUACCAGUAUCGAUCCCAAAUUACUCCCGUCGUUAGAACUAAUCCCACAGAGUGCCAGACACGUAUUUCUACACGCAGUACGGAUUCAUUAUUGGAUGAGAAUCAUUUUGUGAUUGAAGAGGAAAUACCCGCCACUUCUAUUUGUGCAAAGGACUCCCUCCAUUUAAAUAAAAUAACUGGCCAUCUUAGUGGGCAGAAUCCUAUGGAUGUUCGAUACGUGAGUCGCUCACGUAAUACCAGCAGAUUGUCUCCUGUAUCUUCAGUAUCUAAAAGAUAUGAUAAUUCUGACGAUAACAAAUGUGAUGUGAAGUUGAAAAAUAAAGAUAAAGUUAUGAUUGUAAACAAGGAACCACCAAAGCGUCGGAAAUCUGUUGAUCAGCUUAUUGAACCUUCGAUUCAUGGAUUACCAGAUCCAGAAAUUUCCACUAAACCUCGUACACGAAAACCAACUCAAUUUUUACAACUAAAUGCACAAACUACUGAGCCUUCGUGUAAUGAUCGAAAACCUACCUAUCUCACUACUCAGUCAUAUUAUUAUGUACCAGAUUUUACUAACCGUCAUCCCCGAAGUCCAGAAACUGUUCAAGUUCAUGUGACGGAGUCGAGAGGUAUACCAAGGAUGUCCAAUUCAGCAGUUCUUAUUGAGGUUCCUAGCUGGCGUGUUAUACCUAUCCCAGGUGUUGAGAUCUAUGUGGAUUGUUCUUGUGGGGCAAAACAUUCCAAAUCAUGCCCCAAAAAACACCCAGACAGACAAAAACUAACAGAUAUGGAUACUCUUAAAUCACAUAAUCUCCGCGCCUUACGAUCCAGCUUACUGACUAUUAACUCUGUCCAUUCAAAUAAAAAUUAUCCAACUCCAGAACUUAGGUCAAAACCCAGGUCUAGAUCUUCCCAGACACAAAAAGAGCAUUACCAAGUUGGAGAACCUGUCAAAUCAGUUGGUGUUUUGGAGGAAAACAUAUCAGAUCCAACAUUCCUUGCUCGCCAUUCGCGUUUGGAAAUUGAGGAAGUUCGUCACGAACGCUUAUCGCGCCAGCGUACUGCAGAACAAGAACUAAAGCAACGUUUGGAAGAAAGGGAUCAAGCCAGUUGGCAUAAGAGACAACCUGGUCGUUUGGAUCCACUUUUGAAGUACAGACCAGCUAGUCGGAUGCCGACUCAGCUAAGCUAUGCACUCAAGCAAGGACAUCAAUUUCACGUAGACAACUCUAUACCGGUGGUCGCAUUCGGCUGUUGCGUGCCAGUAGCCUCACUAAAACCGUUCACAAAGUUCAGCAUUCAAUAA